AUGGCCUGGCUACUCGAGUUUUCCCUCAUAUCCUCCUUCCUUAUCGCCUGUGUGUCCCUGUACAGGUAUGGGAAAGUGCAAUUACAGAACGUCCUGGUCACCAUCACGGUGGCAAUUGCGUGGUGCUUCUCGUUCUCCAUCGUGUUCAUCAUUCCGCAGGACAUCACUGCGACGGUUUACCGACAGUGUCAGCAGGAGAACAACGCCAGCGCGAUUGCCAGCAACCUAACUAGUCAAGACUUCGGUCACAACACUUGCCAGCAGCCCUGGGGCAUGGUCUCGGACUCGGUGUUCCUGGUCCUCUGGCGCAUCAUCUACUGGUCGUCCCAGUUUCUCACCUGGCUCAUCAUGCCCCUGAUGCAGUCCUAUCUCAAGUCCGGCGAGUUCACCAUCAAGGGGAAGCUGACGUCCGCCCUCGUGGACAAUGCCAUCUACUAUGGCACGUAUCUCUUCAUCUGCGGCAUUCUCCUGAUCUACCUCAUCGCCAAGCCCGAGAUAAGUCUCGACUGGCAGAAACUCAAGGCGAUCGCCUCGUCGGCGUCCAACACCUGGGGACUCUUUCUGCUCAUUCUCCUCCUCGGCUACGCCCUUGUGGAGGUGCCGCGCAGUCUCUGGAACGACUCCAAUCCUCAGUUCAUGCUGCUGCACGCGUACUUCAAGCUCUCGAAGCUCAACUCAGAGAAAAUCGAGGCCGAGGAGAACGUGGAAGAUGUCCUGGACUCGCUGCACUACAUCAACAACACCAUUCCGCACAAUCACGAGCUGCGUGUUUACGUGAACAUCAUCAAUCGGAAGGUGCCUGUGGAGCUGAUGGAGCGGUACAAGAGGAAGGAUGUGGAGCAGAACAUAUCCAGCGUGUUGCCAUCCGAGAAGUCUCUGAGCAGACUCCAUCGCCAAGUGAUUAAGUCCCUGCAAGUGUUCCAGAGAACACAGGCGCUCUGGAACAUACAAAUCGAGAAAGUGCUGCACUACGAGGCCAUUCUGAAGAACCUACAUUCCUCCGAGCGGUGCUUCCGCAGUGAGUUCGGCAACUCACACAGUCGAUUCCAGAAUGCAAAGGCCGCCUGGUACUGGUAUUGCCUCCUUCGACCGCCUCUCAUGAAGGCUCUGGCCGUGGCCACGGCCUUCCUCUCCGUCACAGUGGUGUGGUCAGAGCUGACCUUCUUCAAUCGCUCUCCCGUGCUCUCGAUCUUCGCCAACGUGGUGAAUCUGGCGAAGCGCAACUAUGACUUCCUCACCAUUGAGCUCUUCUCCAUGUUUGUCCUCUGCUACCUCUGCUACUGCGCCUACAGCACGGUGUUCAGGAUCAAGUUCCUCAACCUGUACUACUUGGCGCCUCAUCACCAAACCAACGAGCACAGCCUGAUCUUCUGCGGGAUGCUGCUGUGCCGUCUCACGCCGCCCAUCUGUCUCAACUUCCUCGGCCUGAUCCACAUGGACUCGCACAUCAUCAAGGAGCGCAUCUCAGAGACGUUCUACACGCAAGUCAUGGGCCACAUGGACGUGUUGGAGAUCAUCUCGGAUGGCUUCAACAUCUACUUCCCCAUGCUGAUGAUCGCCUUCUGUCUGGCCACGUGGUUCAAUUUGGGCAGUCGCACGCUAAACGCUCUGGGAUUCCAGCAGUUCAUGGUGAAUGAGGACAUGUCCGAUGAGAUUGUGCAGGAGGGAAAGGACCUCAUUUCGCGGGAGAAGCGAAAGAAGCGCCGAAUGACCGAAACGGCAUCGCGACGUCGCAAUGGCAGCGAAUUGCGGAGCGGGAAUUAUCUGUCGGAGACUGAGAGCACGCAGAUCGCCAAUGAUAACUUCCGCGUGGUGGAGAACACGGACUUUGACGACAUCAGGAGCAAUAUAACGCAGAACUUCGCACUCGAUGUCGAUGAUAGCUUGAACUUUGACACGGACGAUAGAAUCGAAUUCCGUGCGUACACAAAUGACGAUAGUGGCCAUUACAAGACACCCACUCGCUUAUUUGACGAUGUGUGAUUUAGUUUUGCAUCUCUGUGGUAGAAUUGUAGGUAAUAAUCGUGCAUGUAAUCCUAACACUGCGUAUUACAUCAAUAAAUUAACCAUCCAGUAAUCAA